UGUGUCAGCACUGGUUGAGCUGCUGCAUAGCCACAGCUGUGUCCUCCUCAUCGACAGCGCUGUACUCUGGAGCAGCAAACCCGAACACAGGCCUGAUCCCUUUCUCGCCAGAUCUCGGCUAAGAUGUGUAUGAUGCUGGGUAGUUAGGCUAUCGCAGUGUACCUACGUGUAAGAAGAUGUCUCCAAAAAUGUCGAUAUAUCGUUAACUCUUCGUAGAAUCAAUGAGAAAUCGUGGCGAAGGUCUUGCUUUAAUGGAAACUGAAGUAUUCAAUGCUCGCUAUUCCAGCAGUUCUUGGUAGCUUGCUUGCUAGCUUGGGCUAACCAACGAGCCAGCAGAUUGUUUUCAAAGUCUCGAAUUUGUGGCUGCCUCUGAAGGCCCUUGGUCUGCAAUGGGAAUUAUUUUUACGAAGUUAUGGAGGCUGUUUAAUCACCAAGUGUGGUGGUCUUUUCUUUAACAACAAGACAAUGGUGUGGGAUGACACAGCCUAGCAGAGCACAAGGUCAUCAUUGUGGGCCUCGACAAUGCAGGGAAGACGACCAUUCUUUAUCAGUUCUCAAUGAACGAGGUGGUACACACCUCGCCGACAAUAGGCAGCAAUGUGGAAGAGAUAGUGGUCAACAACACCCAUUUCCUCAUGUGGGACAUCGGGGGUCAGGAGUCCCUGCGCUCGUCGUGGAACACUUACUACACGAACACCGAGUUUGUGAUCGUGGUGGUUGACAGUACGGACAGAGAGAGGAUCUCCGUGACCAGAGAGGAACUGUACAGAAUGCUUGCACAUGAAGACCUUAAGAAGGCUGGUUUAUUGAUCUUUGCCAAUAAACAAGACGUGAAGGAUUGCAUGACCGUGGCGGAGAUCUCUCAGAGCCUGCAGCUCACCUCGGUGAAGGACCAUCAGUGGCACAUCCAGGCCUGCUGUGCUCUCACUGGCGAAGGGUUAUGCCAGGGCCUGGAGUGGAUGAUGUCACGGCUGCGAGUGAGAUGACCUCUGACCCCUUAGUGUGCAGUGGGUUCACUCUGAUGUGCAGGCGUGACUCUGGGGGCCGGCUGCUGCUCAGCUCACUGUGAAGGUGACACAGUGACGUCACCAGGACUCAUGGUUUUAUUUAUUUACAGAUCACUGCUCAGAUUAAGAACUGUGAACAACCACAACACCACAUGCAGCAACAACAACAACAAACAAAACAAAAACCGGACUCUAGACUUUCAGGAUCAAUGAAUUCACACCAACCCAAACCCCUGUGUUUUCAUUUUGAUUUUUUUUUUUUUUUUGAUUUCGUUUGUUUUGUUUUUCUUGCACGGUUUUACCCUUUCAUUAAGAAAGGAGAGGUCGGAAGGGGGAAAAACAAUUAAAAAUGAGAAUGGAUCUAACUGUAGAUGCAGAGGAGAGCUUUGGAGAAGACAGACCCAGAUGAGCGUACAUGCCUGUCUGGAGUACUGCAGUGCUGCCAGCCUGCUGGAGAUUGUGUUGCCCUGUAUGUGCAGUCCAGUAUUUGCAUUAACCUUGUGCCUGCAUCAGAGCCCUUAGGCAUUAAGGGCUGAAGAGACAAGCGAAGAGGGGAAAAACUCCUCCUCUCUGCUCAUGUAAAAAAAAAACAGUGAAAUAAAGUGUUUUUAUCUGUCA